AUGGCGCCCCCCAACCAGCUGGGCAAGCGGGUGAAGCUGACCCAAGUCCGCCGACCUUUCAUCGUGGGCAGCACCGCGCUGCCCUUCUCAGAAACCAAUCCGCGACCAGCCGGCGUGCCUGAUAACCACACGCACUCCUGGCAGGUCUUCGUGAAGGGGGUCGAGGAUACCGAUAUCACAUACUGGCUACGGCGUGUACAGUUCAAGCUCCACGAGUCCAUCCCUAAUUAUGUACGAAUGAUGGACGGCGAGCCCGGCAAGCCAUUCAUCGUCAACGAAACCGGCUGGGGAGAGUUCGACAUCGCCAUCAAGCUAUACUACGUCAACGAUUCCGGCGAGAAGCCCCAGACCCUCUACCACUAUCUGCGCCUCCACCCCUACGGCAGAACUGAGGAGGAGAAGCAGGCGAUGAUAAUGGAGAAUGGCGAGAUCCGAUCCUGGAGCUACGAGGAGCAGCUCUUCAACGAGCCCUUUGAUGUCUUCUACCGCAUCCUCACCUCCGGCGCCGUCCCAAAAGGCUGGAAGGGCCCCCCAGCCUCGGGCGGCAAGGGGAAGGGCGGCAAGGGCAAGAACAAGGCGCCGCCGCCGCUGCCGUCCCCGGACAGCGGCGACGUGUGGGAGCGGACGGCCAUGAUCCCCAACUCGAACCGGCCCGGGCAGCCCUUCAGCCGGGAGACGGAGGCGGCGGAGGUGAAGAAGCUCAGGGACGCGCAGACGACGACGGAGGAGUGGUCGCAGAAGAUCCUGCAGGAGCUCAAGGGCAAGGAGGACCUGCUGGCCAAGCUCAAGGCCGAGAACGCUGCCGCCGCCGCUGCACCUAAGCCUUCCUAG